AUGUUGGCGACUCAGCGGGAAUUCCUCGAACAUGACUCAGCAACAAAUGUCAGCAGUGUGUUGGUGCAGGAGGAGGCGGUGGAGGAGGAGGUGGAGGCGGAGGAGGGGGUGGGGUGGAGGAGGCGCAGGAAGUGGAAGAGGCAGAGGGGGCGAGGAGCGGGAGGGGGUGGAGGAUGCGCAGGAGAUGGAGGAGGCGCAGGAGGAGGAGGGGGAGGGGGUGGAGGAGGAGAGGGAGGAGGUGGAGGAAGCAGAGCAUGGGGAGGAGGUGGAGGCGGACGAGGCGGUGGAGGAGAUGGAGGAGGGGGAGGAGGUGGAGGAGGAGAGGAGCGGGAGGGGGUGGAGGAGGCGCAGGAGGUAGAGGAGGCGCAGGAGGAGGAGGAGGGGGUGGAGGAGGAGAGGGAGGAGGCGGAGGAACGGGAGGAGGUGGAGGAAGCAGAGCAUGGGGAGGAGGUGGAGGCGGAAGAGGAGGCGGACGAGGAGGUGGAGGAGGCGGAGGAGGUGGAGGAGGGGGUGGAGGAGGUGGUGGUGGAGGUGGUGGAGGCGGUGGUGGAGGAGGUGGCGGAGGAGGUGGAGGCGGAGGAGGUGGUGGUGGAGGAGGCGGAGGAGGUGGAGGAGGUGGUGGUGGAGGAGGCGGAGGAGGUGGAGGAGGUGGUGGUGGAGGAGGCGGAGGAGGUGGUGGCGGAGGAGGUGGAGGAGGCGGUGGAGGAGGUGGAGGAGGGGGUGGAGGAGGUGGUGGUGGAGGUGGUGGUGGAGGUGGUGGAGGCGGUGGUGGAGGAGGUGGCGGAGGAGGUGGAGGCGGAGGAGGUGGUGGUGGAGGAGGCGGAGGAGGUGGAGGAGGUGGUGGUGGAGGAGGCGGAGGAGGUGGAGGAGGUGGUGGCGGAGGAGGGGUGGCGGAGGCGGUGGCGGAGGAGGUGGCGGUGGCGGAGGUGGAGGAGGUGGAGGAGGUGGAGGAGGCGGAGGAGGCGGAGGAGGUGGAGGAGGUGGAGGAGGCGGAGGAGGUGGAGGAGGCGGAGGAGGUGGAGGAGGUGGAGGAGGUGGAGGAGGUGGAGGAGGCGAGGUUGUUGA